AGUGCUCCUCCUUAUUCCGCCAUGGCCGAGACCGCCCCGGCCCCCGCCCCCGCCGCCAAGAAGCCGAAGAAGGCGGCGAGCGGCUCCAAAGCCCGCAAGCCCGCGGGGCCCAGCGUCACCGAGCUGAUCACCAAGGCCGUGUCCGCCUCCAAGGAGCGCAAGGGGCUCUCCCUCGCCGCGCUCAAGAAGGCGCUGGCCGCCGGCGGCUACGAUGUGGAGAAGAACAACAGCCGCAUCAAGCUGGGGCUCAAGAGCCUCGUCAGCAAGGGCACCCUGGUGCAGACCAGAGGUAUAGGUGCGUCUGGCUCUUUCCGAGUAAGUAAGAAACCUGGAGAAGCAAAAGUAGAAGCUCCUACGAAAAAAACUACAGCAACGAAGUCCAAGAAGCCAGCGGCUAAGAAGCCUGCCAGCGCUGCUAAGAACGCGGUAACAGCAAAGAAGAGCUCCAAGAAGGUUAAGCCUGCCGCCAAGAAAGCAGCCAUAAGUCCCAAGCUAGGAAAGGCUGUCAGGCCCAAAAAAGUAGGAGCAGCAGCGAAGAGCCCGGCUAAGGCAAAGGCGAUGAAGCCUAAGGUGGCCAAGCUGAAAGCGGCUAAGGCAAAGGCGGCAGCACCCAAGAAGUAACCCUCACCUAGAAGUAGCCUUGCUUCCCAUUUAAACCCAACGGCUCUUUUAAGAGCCACCCACGGUUUCUUAAGAGGGCUGAAAUGCUGUGGCUUCUCUCGUUUUGGGGAGGAUUGAGCGGGGAGGUGUAUGGGGGAUCAGCCCGUCUUCUGCUGAAUGUGCGUGCUAUUUGAGACCUUGACAAGCUCUAGCGGCACUUGCAGCGCCUUGGUGGCUUUCAAACCGCCCACGAGGCGCAGGGAUUGGUUGUGGAGGAGCUGAGCUGUUUCCUGGGUCUGCUUUCAGCCCCGCCCCAGAGCUAAGUAAUACUAAGUAAUAAGGCCCGGGCCUGAUUAUCUGUUUACAGAACCGCACCUGGGAAAAGCAUUUACAAACACCUCCCGUGAGGUUUCAAAACUCGUAUGGAAUUAAAGCUCUUUUUAUGAACUUGUAGGUGGCUCUUAAAAGAGCCUUUGGGUUUCUUAGUAAAACAGCGGCCUUCGUUCUUCAGCGUUCACUUAGCCUUAGCCUUGUGGCUGUCGGUCUUCUUGGGCAG